AUGUUGGUUAGUGGAAUGUAUAGCAAAGUAACUGACGAUAAUGUGAUUUCCGAAGAGAAUAUUGAAGCAGAUGAUGAGGACAAUAAGGUAAAGGAUGAAACGAUGAAUAAAGAAGUGGAUAAUGGGGUGAAGGAUGAUGGCGUGAUUGUUGAAAAAGAUAGUGAAAUAAUAGACCAACCCCAUUUUUCGUUGAUUUCAAAUAAAGAUUGUGAAAAUUUUUGCAAACAACUUGUUUAUAGUCAAUCAAUUAGAGACACUAAAGAAUGUUUUUCUGUAGAUGAACAUGAAGCUUAUCAAGUAAUUACAGAUAAUUCGAAUGUUUCAGUAUAA